AUGCCAAAGCGAUUCCUCCCUCAGAUCUUCGGCUUGUCUUUAUGGCUGGCAUUUAUAACACACUCUCUGAUGUUCUGCGCCGCUACGUACAGAAAACAUGUCUCUGGAGGGAAAAGACAAAGUUUUUUGGAGAGAACCUUAAUUUUACUAGACGUAAAUACCCGAAGCCCGCUGAAGGUUUUGAAUGAAAACUUCCUAUCGUUGCAAGUGGACCCGUCUAUCCUAAAGAAUGGGUGGCUUGACUUCUUAAGUUCCAAGCGCUUAGUAACUUUGGCCCGGGGACUUUCACCAGCUUAUCUGAGGUUUGGGGGCAAGAGAACAGACUUCCUCCAGUUCCACAACCUGAAGAAUCUGGCCAAGUUCAGAGGUCCAGGACCCGAUUAUUACCUCAAAAAUUAUGAGGAUGACAUUGUGCGCAGUGAUAUAGCCCUGGACAAGCAGAAAGGCUGUAAACUGGCCAGCCAUCCUGACAUGAUGCUGGAACUGCAGCGGGAGAAAGCUGCUCAAAUGCAACAAGUUCUACUGAAGGAGCAGUUCUCCAACCUCUACAGUGAUGUGACAAUAACAGCCAGGUCUUUAGACAAACUGUACAAUUUUGCUGACUGCGCGGGAUUGCACCUGAUCUUUGGCCUCAAUGCCCUACAUCGGAACCUUGACAACUCGUGGAAUGCUUCCAGUGCCCUGAGUUUGUUAAAAUACAGUGCUGGCAAGAAGUAUAACAUCUCCUGGGAGUUGGGCAAUGAACCCAAUGGCUACCGAACCAUGGUGUCUCGCUCAGUUAACAGCACUCAACUGGCUCAGGAUUACAUUUUGCUGAAGACACUCCUACAGUCUGUGCGCUACUACAGUCGGGCCAGCCUCUACGGGCCUAACAUUGGCCGUCCUCGCAAAAAUGCCAUCCUGCUACUGGACGGGUUCAUGAAGAAUGGUGGCUCUGUUGUUGAUGCAGUUACGUGGCAACAUUACUACAUUGACAGGCGAGUGACUAAAGUGGAGGACUUUAUGAAGACACGGCUUCUGGAUACCCUGACAGAUCAGAUCACAAAGGUGUUGAAGAUUGUUCAUAUUCAUACUCCUGAAAAGAGAGUGUGGUUUGGUGGAGUUGGACCUGAAUGGGCUGGAGGCAUCAACAAUCUGUCAGACACAUUUGCUGCUGGCUUCUUGUGGCUGAACACUCUUGGAAUUUCUGCAAUGCAAGGAAUUGAUGUUGUACUUCGACACACUUUUUUCGACUAUGGUUACAGUCACCUAGUGGACCAGCACUUCAAUCCUUUGCCUGAUUACUGGCUAUCUCUGCUCUUUAAGCGCUUAGUGGGCCCCAGGGUGCUGGCAGUGCAUGUUGCUGGCCUCCAGAGGAAGCCACGCCCAGGGAGAGUGAUCCGAGACAAGCUGCGCAUCUACGCACACUGUACCAGCUCUCACAACCACGGUUAUGUCAGGGGAUCCAUAACAAUUUACAUAAUCAAUUUGCAUCGGUCACGAAAGAAAAUAAAGCUGGCGGGAACAUUACGAAAUAAAACAGUUCACCAGUACCUGUUACAACCUGCUGGAGAAGAUGGCCUUCAUUCAAAGUCUGUUCAGUUAAAUGGUGAGCCCCUGGCCAUGGUUGACAGUGACACAUUCCCUGAGCUGAAACCACGGACACUAAGAGCAGGGCGAACAAUAGCUAUGCCACCCUUGUCCAUCGGUUUCUACGUCAUCAAGAACAUCAAUGCUUAUGCCUGUCGUAGAUAAUAUGCACUUGCUGACCUCGGACCUGUCAAGCACAAUACAGCAGCCCCU